CUUCCGGGUCGGCACUCCGGCUUCCCCACCAGGGGACCUGCAUGGGCCACCGCUUCCUGGGCCGCCUUAUACAGUGGCUCCCGCUGGCGGUGCCGCCGCCCCUCCAGCCUCGGCACCGCAUGCUCGGCACAGAGUCCGUCCCGCCCCCUAAACGUCCCCGUGGCGACUUCAUGGCACCACCCCGAAUUGGGACGCACAAUGGCACUUUCCACUGCGACGAAGCGCUGGCGUGCGCGAUGCUUCGCCUUCUGCCCGAGUACCAGGAUGCAGAGAUUGUGCGGACCCGGGACCCCGAAAAACUGGCCUCGUGUGACAUCGUAGUGGAUGUGGGUAGCGAGUACGACCCACAGAGACACCGAUAUGACCAUCACCAAAGGUCUUUCACUGAGACCAUGAGCUCCCUGUCCCCUGGGAAGCCUUGGCAGACCAAGCUGAGCAGUGCGGGACUCAUCUAUCUGCACUUCGGGCGCAAGCUGCUGGCCCAGUUGCUGGGCACUAGUGAAGAAGACAGCAUGGUGGGCACCCUCUAUGACAAGAUGUAUGAGAACUUCGUGGAGGAGGUGGAUGCAGUGGACAAUGGGAUCUCCCAGUGGGAGGAGGGGGAGCCUCGAUAUGCACUGACCACUCACCUGAGUGCCCGGGUUGCUCGACUUAAUCCGACGUGGAACCAGCCCAACCAAGACACAGAGGCAGGGUUUCAGCAUGCGAUGGCUCUGGUUCAAGAAGAGUUUCUGCAAAGACUAGACUUCUACCAGCAGAGCUGGCUGCCAGCCCGGGCCCUGGUGGAAGAGGCCAUGGCCAAGCGGUUCAAGGUGGAUUCAAGUGGGGAGAUACUGGAACUGGCCAAAGGUGGAUGCCCCUGGAAAGAUCACCUCUACAGCCUGGAAUCUGAGCUGGCCCCCCCAGUGGCCAUUGCCUUUGUUAUCUACACUGACCAGGCUGGACAGUGGCGGGUACAGUGUGUGCCCAAGGAGCCCCACUCAUUCCAAAGCCGGCUGCCCCUGCCAGAGUCAUGGCGGGGUCUUCGGGACAAGGCCCUGGACCAGGUCACCGGGAUCCCUGGCUGCAUCUUCGUCCAUGCUAGUGGCUUCAUUGGUGGGCACCACACCCGAGAGGGUGCCUUAAGCAUGGCCCGUGCCACACUGGCCCAGUGUUCAGCACCUAUGCCUUCCACAAAUCCCCUAGUCCAAUAAAAC